AUGCCCGUCUCGACCAAUGAAAAGGAGUUUGGCGCUCAGGACUUUAUCGCCUUCGACUUCGGCGCAGAUCAAGACGACGCUGGUGUCGCCCCUGAAUCAUCAACGCAAUCGAAAGCAAGUCGUGUGCCCAAGGAAGCUAAGGACGGAAGCGUAUCGCAAAAGGGCAAGAAGCGCAAGGCAGACGAGCGUGAAGACGAUGGACGCUCUAAAAAGGAGCGAGAGAUGGCUCGCUCGCGCCAUACACCAUGGUCCGCAGAUGUAGAAUGGAACAAAUGCCAGAACGGUGCAGAAGCGUUGCAUCGCGAGCUCAUCGCAUUCGAUUACUGGAUGACCCCCACCGCCGCAGAGCACGAGACUCGCUGUAUGGUCAUCGAGCUCAUCAGUCGCGCCAUCAAGUCUCAAUUCCGUGACGCAGAGGUGUACCCUUUCGGAAGCCAGGAAACCAAGCUUUACCUGCCUCAAGGCGAUCUCGACCUGGUCGUCGUCAGCAACUCCAUGGCCAACUUGCGCGUACAGUCGGCGCUUCGCACUAUGGCUGCCUGUUUGCGACGCCACAACCUUGCCACUGACGUUCAAGUGAUUGCCAAGGCCAAGGUGCCCAUCAUCAAAUUUGUCACCACCUACGCCCGUUUGAAGGUCGACAUUUCGCUCAACCACACCAACGGUCUCACCACGGCCAGCUACGUCAACAGUUGGCUGCGCAAGUGGCCUCACAUCCGACCGCUCAUCCUGGUUGUAAAGUAUCUGCUCAUGCAGCGAGGCAUGAGCGAAGUUUUUUCGGGAGGUCUGGGAAGCUACAGCGUAAUCAUCAUGGUCAUUAGCUUUCUGCAGCUCCAUCCAAAAGUGCAAAGGGGCGAGAUCGAUGCCGACAGAAGCUUGGGCGUCCUCCUCCUCGAGUUCUUGGAACUCUACGGCAAAAACUUUGGCUACGAUAACUGCGGCAUUUCCAUCCGUGGUCGUGGCGGCUAUUUCAGCAAAGCUCGUCGUGGAUGGAAGGAUGAGAGGCGCCCCUUCAUGCUCUGCAUCGAGGAUCCGCACGAUCCCUCGAACGAUAUCUCGAAAGGUUCGUUCGGCAUUAUCAAUGUAAGAUCGACUCUAGCAGGUGCCUUCGACAUCCUCACUGCUGCAAUUUGUCAGCAAGCCAACGAGGGAAGCUCGUCAUUGCAGAAUGGCACGGGCGCCAAGGGUCAUGGCGAUCCGUCGCGUAGCAAGCACCGCCGUUUCUCUGUUGAUUCCGAUUCCGAUUCCGAUGCUGAAGCGAGGCGGGCGCUGGUGCGCGACUCGACCGCUCAAGGCGGCAAGGACGACAAGGACCCUAAUAGCCUCCUCGGCACCAUCCUUGGCAUCUCAAACCCAGUUGUCCGGCAGAGAAAGGAGAUGGAGGAGCUCUACUACUCUGGCUCGCUUCAGUUCAAAUUGGGGAGACCAGCACCUCCACGUAGUCCGCCUCCAGCGCGACCCUCCACUUAUUCCCGGGAACAACCUCUAGAGUCCCGUGCUUCUGCGUCCGCCUCUUUGACAGCAAACGACCGAUCCUCUGGCAAGGCCAAAGUCCGAAGCGACACUGGCGUGGUCUCGAUCGAUGAUGUUAGAGGCACAGCCGGGCGCGGCCAGAUGCCCAUUUUGUCCAUCCGCGGAGCUGCUUCUGCAGCGAACAAGUCUAGCGGUGCGUCGGCCACGACGAAUGGACGAGAGGCAAGGCGUCGGCAGGAAGCCAGUAUUGCAGUCCCGCAAGGUGUAAGCCAAGAUGCUUCCAAUCAUGUCAGUUCGAAGAAAGCAAGGCGCGAAGCGGAUAGCGACGAAGAGGACUCUCGGUACAGCGCAGGCCGAUCGGCGAAAGCCAACGCAAAUGGUUCUGCAAGCAAACGCGCGCGCAGGGUUCACUCCGAGAUCACGCAGGCCGACCUGGAAGACUUGUCCCAAGCUGCGCCAUCCACAUUCGUGUCUGAAGAAGACUCGGACGACCAGAUGGCGCGUGACGACGACAAGAUGCAACUGCCCACGCUCUCUGGCACCAGCAGCGCCAAGUCGUCGCCAAAGCUGGGCACCGCGCCAGCGAGAGCCCUGUCCCGCAUCUCAUCGCGCACCAAGAAUGAUUUCUGGACCGCGAAAGGUGUUGAUCACAAGUCCAACGAAUCUUCGCUCUCUCCGCCACCCUCGAGUAAGGCUGUGUCAGAUCAACAACCCACUUGA